ACCUAUUACAUUUCAAACCAAAUUGACAAGGGCCAGACCCAAAACAUAUCUGACUCGCCCAAUAAAGCCUUCGUUUGACUCGCAGUAGGUUUGGGUCUCAUCAGUGAAGAGGAGGAAGAAUCAUUUUUCUGUAAUGAAACCGAGGAAUCUCUGUUAGACACGUGGAAUAUGAGCCUGUUGAUGAUAUGAUUUUACUGGUCCCUGAAAUUUUAUAUUAAACAAAGGAUUUUUCCUUUGAAAUUGAACGUCCAAAGGCAAAGAUAAUCAGAAGUUCCAUACUGAGAUGGCCACUGAAGAGAAAACUCUAGUUGAAAUAUUAGAAGAAAACAACCUCAUUGAUCUUGCCAAAUAUGUAAACUAUGUCAGUGCUCCGCAGGCUGGUGCCAUAGCAACAUUUUCAGGUACAACACGUGGCACCUUUGAGGGCAAAACAGUAGUGGAGCUAAGAUAUGAAGCAUAUGUACCAAUGGCAAUACGCCAGAUGAAAUCCAUCUGUUCAUCUGCUAGAUCAUCCUGGGAUAUCCACUCCAUUGCUGUUGCACACCGCCUGGGUAGUGUUCCAGUUGGAGAAAUGAGUGUCUUCAUUGCUGUAUCGGCUGUUCAUCGUGCUGAUGCCCUGGAUGCUUGUAAGUUUCUGAUUGAUGAGCUAAAGGCAUCUGUUCCAUUAUGGAAGAAGGAGGUUUAUUCUAAUGGAGAGGUUUGGAAGGAGAAUUCAGAGUUUAUGGAUAGAAAGCUGGAGCUAGGGAAAACAAAUGGGAGCUGUUGCAGAAGAAAUGUCAAGGUUGAGACACAUGGCACAAAGAGUUGCUGUGGAGCUAAGGUCAAAGUGGCUGAUGGAGCGGCAGCAGAGAUUAGCACCAGUGAUGCUGGUACUGAAGAAACAAUCUAAAAGAUUCAAUACAAUCACUCUCUAUAAGAAGAAAAGGGAAGAAAAAAUUAAAACAGAGAAAUGGGAUGUUCCAAACUGUUUAUACAUGAAUAAUGUGCCAGCUUUUUAGCAUAUUGUCUCUCUAAUAAUCAGCUUAGCCUUUCAAUCUGUACAUUGUUGACAUGUUGACUUGUCGACUUUGUUUUUAUUAUCACGACUUAAUUUCCAAA